AUGGCCGACCGCGACUCCACAGUCCCCUCCACCAUCGCCGCCGACACCGCCACAGCCUCUCCGGAGGCGUCGAAGCAGCCGGAGACGAAGAAAUGGGCAGACGUCGCUGAAGAGGCGGAACGAGAAGAAGCUGAAUCUUCGUUGGCCGAGGCUCUGUCGGAUUCCUUAGCCAUGGACGAGUCGAGUACAGGACAGAACACCCUCACCGAUCCCGACGACUCAAGGAUUCAAGCUGUUACAUCUGGGGAUACUCCAUAUACAUCAGCUAAGAGAUUUGAGGACUUGGAUUUAUCACCUGAGCUGUUGAAGGGGCUGUAUGUUGAGAUGAAGUUUGAGAAACCUAGUAAAAUACAGGCAAUCAGCUUGCCGAUGAUUCUGACUCCUCCCCACAAGAAUUUAAUUGCUCAAGCUCACAAUGGCUCUGGGAAGACAACAUGUUUUGUGCUGGGUAUGUUGAGCCGUGUCAAUCCAAAUAUCAAGGCUCCCCAGGCUCUCUGCAUCUGCCCUACUAGAGAGUUAGCCAUUCAGAAUAUGGAAGUGCUAUUGAAGAUGGGAAAGUUCACUGGGAUAACCUCUGAAUUAGCCAUACCGGCCGACCCUUCAACCUACAUUCCAAUUCAAAAGCGGCCGCCUAUUACAGCUCAAGUAAUUAUUGGCACACCUGGCACAAUAUGUAAAUGGAUGCAAGCAAGGAAACUCGGCAUGAGCCAAAUGAAGAUUCUUGUAUUUGAUGAAGCAGACCACAUGUUGGCGGAGAGUGGUUUUCGAGAUGAUUCAGUGAAGAUAAUGAAGACAAUUGUAAAAGGCAAUUCGAGUUGCCAGGUCCUUCUGUUCUCAGCUACCUUUGAUGAUGCUGUAAGAGCUUUUGUGUCUAAAAUAGUCGAGGAUAUUUUUGUCCGAGACUAUAACCAGAUGUUUGUCAAAAAGGAAGAACUAUCGUUGGAAUCUGUUAAACAGUAUAAGGUCAAUGUUCCGGAUGAGCUUUCCAAAAUCAUGGUGAUCAAAGACCAGAUACUCGAACUCGGAGAGAAGUCGAAAUGGGUUAUGAGGUCACCACAAUCCAAGGUGCUUUGA